AUGUGUCGUCUCCUGGUAUACAAAGGCAGGCAUGAGAUUCGUCUCAGCAAGCUAGUCACGGAGCCAAGCCAUUCCAUUCUCACUCAGUCCUACGACUCCCGUUUAAGACUAGACAACCGCCGCCCCGUCAACGGCGACGGCUUCGGCGUGGGCUUCUACACAGACCCGAAACUAGGUCCAGAGCCAUGCAUUUUCACAUCGACACUCCCAGCCUGGAACUGCGAGAACCUCGAGCGGCUCGCCUCCAAGACAUGCUCUAAUCUAAUCUUCGCGCACGUGCGCGCAACCACAGAGGGCACCCUCUCCGACACGAACUGCCACCCAUUCCAGCACAGCACGCUGAUGUGGAUGCACAACGGCAACGUCGGCGGCUGGCAGUACAUCAAGCGGCCGUUGGCCGACUCGCUCGCGGACAAAUGGUUCCUAGGCGUCAAGGGCGGGACAGAUAGCGAGUGGGCAUUCGCGCUGUUCCUUGACCUUCUCGAGAAAGAGGGUGUGGAUCCUAGCUCUGAUCCCGGCCCAGGAGGGUUCGGACAGGCGCUGUUGCGUCGGGUGAUGGUGAAGACGAUUGCCAAGAUCAAUGAGUUCAUUCGCGAUAUUCCCAAGAGACACAAUGUGUCGAAUGUGGAGACACGCAGUUUGUUGAACUUUGCUGUUACGGAUGGCCAGACUGUUAUCUGUACGAGGUACAUCAGUAGCAAGACGGAUGAACCGGCUAGUUUGUACUUUUCGUCCGGGACGAAGUGGGUGGAGGGGAAGGAUAAGGGACAUUUUAAGAUGGAGAGGCAUGAUAAGGGGGCUGAUAUUGUGCUUGUGGCUAGUGAGCCGAUUACCUUUGAGAGACAUAACUGGGUCUCCGUCCCUGCCAACUCCAUCGUCACCAUCCACAAGCAAACCGUCCUGCUACAUCCCAUCAUGGAUGAGUUUUACGUCGAGGAUACGAACCAGGACCGCUCAUCCUGCUACGCCGUGUCUAAGGGUCUUGUUAGCACAGCCCCUGGGACAACCGUGCAGCCCCGUGAAGCAGGGGCUGUCGAUACCAACCCCGGAGCUAUCCAUGGCAAUGGAUCUGCGCUGGAUUCGCAGCAAAUCAACCACGCCAACAAGUGCGCUUUGUCACAUUGA